CAAACCACAUCAUCAGAUCGACGGCUGUGAGAAGGGGCGGCGCGUGACUGCUCGAAUUCAACUAUCAAAUUCGAUGCCUAUACUGCUCUCGACCCCGCCCGCCGCCGCAAUCGCCAUCUCCACCACCUCCGCCGCCUCAUCUGUCUCAAAAAUCCGACAUCUCUACUGCUCUCAAAGCCGCCGUCUUCACUUCCGUCGUAUAAACGGCGCUUUCUUAUCUCGCGUUCGCACGCCUUUAUCUUUCGCGUGGAGAGGAAUAAUAAGCCCAAUGGCGACGGCCGAAUCCGAUACUCAGGCUCAGACGCAGAGUUCCAUCAUUUCAACUGCUCGCAAGCAGGCAUUGAUAUCUCUUUCGGACAAGAAAGACCUCGAUUUGCUUGGAAGAGGGCUACAAGAACUUGGGUGA